AUGUAUACAAACUUCAUGACGCUCAUCGCCAUCCUCACUACCAGCGCCUCCGUUUCAGCUUUCCCAACGCACCACCUCAUGCGUCGCGGCCUCCCAGGCGCGUACUACACUUGCACCGACCCAAACUUCUCCGGUAUAUGCAGCUGGACGCAGCCAAAUACCGUAUGCCACAUCCAAGGCGGCGGUGGCGGCAUCGAAUCACUUGGUCCGGACCAAGGGUCCAUCUGUACUCUCUACACACGGACAGACUGCAAGGGCGACGCAAUCAAAUCUCUACGUUUUCCCGGCAUCUCAACAAACAUGCCGACGUUUGGUAGCUUCGAGUGCGUAAAGGAAUUCCCUGCAAAGGGAACAGAGGAUGUAGUUGCGCCACCAAUCCCAGCGCAGGGUGCAGUAGCAUCCGACUUUGGGCUGCUGAGAGAAGUCAAGCCCAAGGGGCGAGAGGAAGGCAUGAUCGGCUUGGAAAAGUUGACGUAUUACUAA